GCGUCGGAUUGGCAAACGCCGUGUGCCGCGUGUAAGAACUGGACCGAAAAUAGAACGAGCGCAAGAUAUACACACACGGAGACUCACCGGCGCGGCGCACCAGUGAGCCAGCCGAGACAAACACCGAACAGGGCAGUCAGCCGACCGAACUAGUAGCAGUAGCAGCGGCGGCAGCCGUCCAGCAGGCGCGAUCGUCGUACCGAUUCCUGUUGGCUUCUUUCUCGUUCGGCAACGCGCGCGCUCUGCACACUGCAGUAUUCGCACGAUAUUCCGGCUGUAAAUACGCACAAUUUACGCUGCCACCCGCGACUGAUCUCAGCCAACAAUUCGCACAUCAACUAUACGCACAACGCGCGAUUAAAAAUUCUUUCCACUGCAGUCGCGCGAGUGUCUCUCCCUGCUCACCACCCUAAAAGUGUCCAACCCGAACACGCCGAAACUCGUGCGCGCAUCAUAAAUGUAUCCGCACUGCACAACUCCCAAGAAGUGUAGAUCUUUGCAAACGUCGGCAACUUUGCGACAGACUAAUCCAAUUCUUCGCUGCUGAAUAUUAAAUGAAAAUUUUCCUCGUUGACGGCAAAUUUGUCGCAGCCUGCGGCCACUGAGUCUGUUUUUAACUUGUGCUCCGAAUUAAGUUUCAUUCAUCUCCUGUUGACGUUAAGCUCCUGCGAGAUGCGACGGAAUAUCAAAGUUUUGUUGUUCUUCUCAAUCGCGUGGAUGUUCGUUGUGGUUUACUACUUGCAAACGGACAGUGCUAAUGAAAAGACCGUCAACCGAGCUCUGAGACUGAAAGAGGCCGAGAAAUACGAUGAAGUCGGCAACAGUGCGCCAGGUCCCAAUGUUCCUCUGGCGUUACAGAGCAUCCAGACGACGGAUGGACGACUAACGUGGAAUUAUUUCGAUGAAGCUGGAUAUGUGUCUCGAGGCGGGCUGCGAAAAGGCGAAGACCCGUACGUUAGAAAUCGAUUCAACCAGGAAGCCAGCGAUAACUUGCCAAGCAACCGGGAGAUUCCAGACACGCGAAAUGCAAUGUGUCGUGAAAAGACUUUCCAAGCAGACUUACCACCUACAAGUGUAAUAAUUACAUUCCACAACGAAGCGCGGUCGACACUUCUGCGAACCGUAGUUAGUGUACUUAAUAGAAGCCCGGAGCAUUUAAUUAAGGAAAUAAUAUUAGUCGAUGACUUUAGUGAUAACCCUGCCGAUGGUGAAGAACUAGCAAAAAUUCAGAAGGUGCGCGUUCUUAGGAACGAAAAACGCGAAGGAUUGAUGCGGUCGAGGGUGCGCGGUGCAGACGCAGCUAUCGCAAAUGUGCUCACGUUUCUAGACAGCCACUGUGAAUGUAAUGCGAACUGGCUGGAACCACUUUUGGAGCGAGUCGCAGAGGAUCCGCAUCGCGUAGUCUGCCCUGUCAUCGACGUGAUCAGCAUGGACAGCUUCCAAUAUAUUGGCGCGUCGGCAGACCUCCGGGGCGGAUUUGAUUGGAAUUUGGUGUUCAAGUGGGAGUAUCUGAGUCCGAUGGAGCGGCAAAGUAGACUGAAAGAUCCGACACAAGUCAUUAGGACACCUAUGAUUGCAGGAGGUUUGUUUGUAAUUGAUAAAGAUUAUUUUGAAAAGUUGGGCAAAUAUGAUAUGAAAAUGGACGUCUGGGGCGGCGAAAACUUGGAGAUAUCGUUCAGGGUGUGGCAAUGCGGGGGCACUUUGGAAAUUAUUCCAUGCAGCCGUGUCGGUCAUGUGUUUCGCAAACGUCAUCCUUACACGUUUCCUGGUGGCAGCGGUAAUGUAUUUGCUAGGAACACGCGAAGAGCAGCUGAAGUUUGGAUGGAUGACUACAAGAACUACUACUACCAUUCGGUGCCUUUGGCAAGGACUAUUCCAUUUGGAGACAUUCAGGAUCGUUUGGAUUUACGUGAACGUCUUCAAUGUAAACCGUUCAAGUGGUAUUUAGAUAAUGUGUAUCCUGAAUUGACGAUACCAAAACCAGCGCGUCAGCACACGGUUAAUGAAAUACGGCAGGGAAGUUUUUGUAUAGAUACUCUUGGACACUUAAUAGACGGGAAUGUAGGACUUUAUCAAUGCCAUCACACUGGUGGCAAUCAGGACUGGGGGUUGACCAAUAAUGGAUUGAUUAAACAUCACGAAUUCUGCUUAACAAUGUUAAGUCAAACAGUUACCAUGAAAGCAUGUGAUGGCUCAGAUGCACAAAAGUGGUCUCUAGUCGAACCGGGCGGAUUGUUGCGACAUUUCGUGUUGCCAUUGUGUUUGGACAGCAAGUACUCGGAUGUCCAAGGUCUCACCGUGCAAAGAUGCAAUACGCAGAGCCGAUCGCAACAAUGGGAGCUAGUAACGUGAGAUUUAUAAGUUAUAUAGACAUCCAAACAAAUUAUUCACUUAGAAGCUUCACGCAGUUCAUUAAAUUUCGAAUCUUAUUGAAAAUUAAUUCCUGAGUUGUUAAUUUAGAUAGAAUCAAGUCAUUUCAAUUCGUUGUGUAUUAGUUACAAUUUAGUCAAAUCUUUAGGAUUGGCUACUACCAUUGAAAGCAUCUCCAUCCAUUUUUACAAAAAAAGCAAAUAGUCAUUAAAGACUUAAAUGUGUUUAUAAAAGAAAAUAAUUGUAACCAAAAUAAACUUAAAACAAAAAUUGUACACAUAGGUACAAGUAUACUUGCAUUGUUAAUAGUGUUAACAAUUUUAAUAUGUUGUGAUACCAAAAGACGCAUUCUAUGUAUAUGAUUUAAAUAGCAUUAGAGAAAAAAGUUUUAUUUUUGUGCAAUGUCGAUUUUAUUAAAUUUUAUUAAUUUCACUAUGUAAAUAUCGUGUACGGCGUUCGUGAUAGCACAGAAUUAUGUUUCAACGCAAAAAUAUUUAAUAUAACAUACUUGUACGGUCGUUAAUUAAUUUUAAUAAAUUGUAGAUAUUUGAUAUAAAAGUAAUACUAAUGUUUAGUGACAAUAAAACAAACUGAUUAUUUAUAAAUUUAAA